CUGUUCUAUUCAGUGACAUAUAUACAUGUACAUGUAUAUGUAUGAAAAUCUAAUAAAAAAACAUAUUUAUUUUAUGUUUUAGUUUAAUUGUUAAUUAAUUUUAUUUAGUGUUAGAAUUUAAUCAGUGAAAUGGAAGCCGAUGAUCUGACAGAUUCAGAGCAAGUAAGAGCUACACUAGAAACUUAUAAAAAACUAGCCAAUGAUUUUACGAAUCAUGAUACUAUUUUAAAGGAUAAAACAGUCCUGUCAUAUCUAGCUUAUGUACUUGAAUCACCUGACGUAGAAGUUGUGGAAAUCGCUCUUGAUAUUCUUGAAGUAUUUACUAAAAAUGUUGAAAAUUAUGUUCACUUGACAUCAACAUUUGGUAUUCGUGAAGCACUUGAAUCAGUUAUUAAUAAAUAUUGUAUAGAUGAUCCACAUAUAGCUAAAUAUGCGCAAAGUGUUAAAGAUGAUAUUGAACGGAUGAAACCACCGAUUUAUAAUUUAAGAAGUCGUUGCCGACGAGUUAUUGAACCAAAGAAAUUAAAGACACAUGUUAUUGUUCUACAUGUCAGUGGCCUGUUACCUGAAACUAGAACAGAUUUAGAAGCAACAUUAGUAAGAGUUGAAGGUCUGAUAUCAUUAGUUGUUGAUGUUGAACAUCAACGUGUUACCAUGAGAACUUUGGCCAAUGUAUCAGCUAAAUGUAUUGCCGAAGCUAUUAGAGAUAAUACUAAAAAUAUGGAAGCUAGAUUAGUUACCAGGAAUAAAUUCAAUCAAGAAUUUCUUGUUAAAUUGUUAUCUGUUGAUAAUGGAGACUGCGAAGACUUGCCGGAAUAUUUACCUGAGGAAGAAGAAGAAGAUCACAACCAGAAAGACGGUAUUGUUUCAUUAUUUUCUGGUUUGAAACAAAGUGCUUCGACAAUAUAUAAGUCAACAACUGAAUUUCUGCACAGUUCAUUUUACUGGUGAACCUCUUUGCCUCUCUCGCGUUAGAUUAAUUACUAUUAGGAUCAUUAAUAAUUAAUUAAUAAAUACUGAAUACUAUUUAUUAAUUAAUUUAUUAUAAUAGGACCAUUAAUUUCCUCAUUUUUAUUUUCAUUAUCAUCAAUUUCAUGUAUAUAUUAAUAAUCUCUAUUUCUUCUUUGGAAAAUUUUAAGGAAAAAAAAAUCUCAAUUAACUAUUAAUUAUAAAUUAUAGAUUUGAUAUUAUAUACGUUAAUGAAUAUAAAUUUCCGUAAACUUAUUUUUAAUUAUUGGUAAAAAAAUAAUUAUCAAUCAUUGGGUUUUUAUAUUUUUCUCGUCCCUCGAGAAGUGCAAGACUUUUUUUAGUCUUAUUGAUAAUAAAUUAAUUGUAAAUUUUGCUCUUCAAGUUUAUAAAUUUUUUUUUUUAAAUCAGUAUUAAAUAUUUUGAGAUAAUUGUUGUAAUUGUAAUUGUUGUAAUCUCAUUAAUUUUUAAUAUUUCAUUCUUUUUUAUUAAUUUACCAGUGAAUUUAAGUGUCGUUCUGGUUUGACCGGCCUAAAUUUAUAAAAUUUUUCGAAAACUCGUUAACUAUUUGAAGUAAUUAAUUUUUUUAUAAUCCUUCGAAAACAAAAAUAUAUAUACAUAUAUGAAAGUUCUCACAAAUAUAUGCUUUUAAAAACUCCCAUUACUCAGUUGUUUCUUCGCAUCAAUUAAAAAAAUAUUUUAAAAAACGCGCGUUAAAUUUAAAAAUUCUUACGACAAAUACACAAAUUUUUUGAUUCUUUAUUGGAAUCAAAUGAUCGUUGGUUUCUCGAUAAAAAUUUGGAAAUAAAUUUUUGAAUAUCGACUUUGGAAGUAUACAAAAAAAAUUCAGACCAGAUUGACUCGUUAGUUGCCAUUUUGAAUAAACGUUUUUACUAAAGAAAAAUUAUUAUCAAAAAAUGAAAUUAGAAAAUUCGUAAUUUAUGUAAAUAUAUAUUCAAUAACAGAAUCAUCAUUUAAUCAUUUAAUUAAUGAAUCAUUACCAAGGCUGUGUAAAAUUAAUAACUACGCAUUUUUAUUAAUUUUAUUUAUGCAAAAAAGUAAAUAAUCAGUAAAUAAAAAAAUGUAUUUAAUGUAUACCAAACAAAUCAAAUAUUUAAAAGACUCAAAUACUCGCAUUCUUAAUCUAAAUGCUCCUUUUUUUUGUUUCAAAUAAAUUUUCAUUGUAAAAAAAAAUUAAAUAAAUUAUAAUUACUAUUAAUUAACUCAGGGACUGAGAAUUUAAAGUUAAACGUUUUUUUAAUGUUAAAUAAAUUUUUCUUCCUAAUAAUACAUCUCUAAAUACUUUAUUUAUAAUCUUAUUUAUGUUUAAUAUAUUUAAAAAAAAAAAUAAAAAUAAAAAAGACGAACCAGUUUAUUUUUAGCUGCCAAAAUUUAUUAUUAAAUACAAAUAUUUUUUUUAAUACCACUACAAAUAUGGAGCUGUCUAAUUUAUUAAUUAUUAAUUUUUAUUUAAUAAUAAUUAGUCAUUGGAAAAUUUUAAAUAUCGUCACUUGUAAAUGUGCCUAUGAAAGAUAUAACAUUUAAAAAUUUUUAAGGCAUUUUUAUUCUGGAGCAGGUACAGCAUUUCUAUUUUUUAUUUUUAUUUAAAAUGUUUUCAGUUACGUUAUUCCCAUUUAAGCAUUUAAGUUUUUAAAUUUAUAAUUCAUAUUUUCUUUCUUUAAUUGACCAACAUUUCAUUACUUAUCAUUAUUAUUAAUCGACAUAAAUCCGUUGGAAAAUUUAAAGGCACUCGAACCUCAUGACUAAAUUGUAGUUCCAAAAAAAAAAUUACUUUUAAACUCCGUCGUUUAUUUUUUUAAUAAUUUAAGUUUAUUAUUAAUUUAUGUCUAGUAAAAAUA